GUAGGAUUGCUACUUUUGGAUUACCAAAUGAAAGCCCGAUAAAAAAACCGCAAACGUGUGUGUGUGUGUGAGUGUGUGUGUGUGUGUUCCCCCUUAUUUGUUUGUAUGUUUUAUAAAUUGAUCAAAUAAUCCGCCCCUUUUUUUUCCCUUCUUUCUUUUUUUUUUUCUUUUUUAACAAACAACGCGCUUUUUAAAAUGAGAGAGUAUAAACUGGUUGUAUUGGGAUCCGGUGGAGUAGGAAAAUCUGCAUUGACUGUCCAAUUUGUUCAGUCCAUCUUUGUCGAGAAAUAUGAUCCAACAAUUGAGGAUUCUUAUCGUAAACAAGUGGAAGUGGAUGGUCAACAAUGCAUGCUCGAGAUUCUUGAUACUGCAGGGACUGAACAAUUUACUGCAAUGAGAGAUUUAUAUAUGAAAAACGGUCAAGGUUUUCUACUGGUAUUUUCAAUCACAAGUUCGGUUACCUUAACAGAUCUGUACGGUCUAAAAGAACAAAUACAUCGAGUGAAGGAUGGAGAGAAUAUUCCUAUGGUGUUAGUAGGCAACAAAUGUGAUCUAGAAGAAGAACGCAUGGUUUCUAGAGAACAGGGUAUGGAGCUAUCACAACAAUGGGGAGGUAAACCGUUUUACGAAACAUCGGCAAGAUUUAAAAUCAACGUUGAUCAAGUCUUCUUUGAUCUGGUGAGACAAAUUAAUAGACAGAUACCAAAAGAUAAACAGAAAAAGAGAAUCAAAUGUUGUAUUUUAUAAUAAAUUAAUAAUCGUUAUAUACUUGGAGAUUUCCUGCAAGAAUCAUGGCUAGUCCAAUACUUAACAUAAUAGUUACACAAACGUAGACAGUCAUAACAAACAAUUGCUUAUAAUUUCGCAAUCUGUCUACUACCGAACAGGUUACUUUGCCUAUUAAUAAUACAACGUAGACACAUGCAUAUUCGGCAAUAGGAAUAAACGUUGCUCUAUAGUACACUUUAUCCUUGUUCAAUCCCCAAUAAGCCCAUGCACAAAAUAGUACAUACAUGAGUCCCAUCAAUGCCUUAUUCUCACUUGCUCUUGUUUGAAAUAUCUGAUUCACCAGGAACAGAAUCAUGAAGCCAUACGAGAAGAUUUGCCAUCCAAUGCCAGGUUGAAUAAUGG